GUAUUGCUCCAUCUCGUGCAAGUUGUGGUUUUCAGACCUGUGUUACACGUGCACUUUGUUUUGCUUUCCUUUAGCUUAAUUGUCUUAGUUGGUCCUGAAAAUGAAGUUUCCUGUAUCUGUGAUCACCUUUUUGAUUAAUUCUGAACAUUUUUUGGUUGUGCUGAGUUCCUGUUUUUUGUUGAGGUGGAGUCAUGUAUCACGUUCAAGAUUUUUGCCAUUGGAUAUAUUUGGCUUUUAUUUAACAAUGCUGAUUGACUUUGCCACCUUUUUUUUUUUAUUUUUGGCUUUUUUAUAUAUAUGUGCCUUUAGAAAGGCAAGUGACUGUAUAAAUUUCAUUUUAGGAGGCUUUUAAGACUGUAUUAUGGAAAGAUUUGAUCUUUUAGAAGAGUCUGUUUCGCUUGCAAGUUAGUUCCCAGCUGUUUUUUUGUUUUUUUCUGCUUUCUGCAAUUCCUUAUUACAUUGAGUCAUGUGUUCCAGAGCAGCUGCAACACAUCAUGUGAUAGGAGAGGGAAAUGCACUGAUCAUUGAGGCACCCUUGUGCAUUAGUGUCCCAGGUGAAAUUGUGGUGAACGAAGUAAAUUUUGUAAGAAAGUGCAUUGCAACAGACACAAGCCAGUAUGAUCUGUGGGGCAAGUUGGUUUGCACUAACUUCAAGAUUUCCUUUAUUACGGAUGACCCGAUGCCACUGCAGAAAUUCCAUUAUAAAAACCUCCUCCUUGGUGAACAUGAUGUUCCACUCACAUGCAUUGAGCAGAUUGUCACAGUGAAUGACACCAAGAGGAAACAGAAGGUCCUUGGUCCCAACCAAAAACUUAAAUUUAAUCCAACUGAAUUAAUAAUUUAUUGCAAAGACUUCCGUAUUGUCAGAUUUCGUUUUGAUGAAGCAGGUCCUGAAAGUGCAAAAAAGGUGUGCCUUGCAAUAGCUCAUUAUUCUCAGCCAACAGAUCUUCAGCUUCUCUUUGCAUUUGAGUAUGUUGGGGAAAUAUACCAUAAUCCAGCAAAGAAGGUGAAUGGCAUAGACCCAGGAGGAGGUGGCGGUGGCAUCGGCAAUGCCAGCGGUCAGCAGACUCCUUUGUUUGAGACUUACUCAGACUGGGAUAGAGAAAUCAAAAGGACAGGUGCAUCCGAGUGGAGAGUGUGCUCAGUCAAUGAAGGUUAUAUGAUCUCCACUUGCCUUCCAGAAUAUUUUGUGGUUCCAUCUUCCUUAGCAGAUCAAGACCUGAAGCUGUACUCCUACUCCUUCAUUGGGAGGCGAAUGCCUUUGUGGUCCUGGAAUCACCCUAACGGGAGUGCCCUUGUGAGAAUGGCCAACAUAAAAGAUGUAUUGCAGCAGCGAAGAAUUGACCAAAGGAUUUGUAAUGCCAUCACUCGAAGCCAUCCCCUGAGAAGUGACGUCUACAAAUCUGACCUGGACAAGUGUCUCCCCAACAUCCAGGAAAUCCAGGCUGCACACAUCAAACUCAAACAGCUCUGUGUCAAUGAGCCUUUUGAUGAAACUGAAGAGAAGUGGCUGUCCUCUCUGGAGAACACUCGCUGGUUAGAGUACAUUAGAGCCUUUCUUAAGCAUUCUGCUGAGCUUGUCUAUAUGAUGGAGUGCAAGCACGUUUCUGUGGUUCUACAAGAGGAAGAGGGACGGGACCUGAGUUGUCUUGCUGCUUCUCUCAUUCAAGUCAUGCUGGAUCCCUAUUUUCGAACAAUUGUUGGAUUUCAAAGCUUAAUACAGAAGGAAUGGGUCAUGGCAGGAUAUCAAUUUUUAGAUAGGUGUAACCACUUAAAGAGAUCUGACAAAGAGUCUCCUUUGUUCUUGAUGUUCCUGGACUGUGUUUGGCAGCUGCUGGAGCAAUACCCAGCAGCCUUUGAGUUCUCUGAAGUGUACCUGACCAUCCUGUACGACAGCGCCCGCAUCUCCCUGUUCGGCACCUUCCUCUUCAACUGCCCUCACCAGCGAGUCAAGGAAAGCACUGAAUUUGCUAUAAGCAAAAAUAUUCAGCUGGGUGAUGAGAAAGGCCUGAGGUUUCCGUGUGUUUGGGACUGGUCUCUGCAGUUCUCCAGCCGGGACCGGCUGCUGUUCCACAACCCGCUGUACGUGGGGAAGAGCGCGCCCAGCGUGCACAACGGGGCCCUCUGGGCCUUCAAGCGCUCCAAGAAAAACUACAGCUCCACAUUGCGAGGUGUCCCCCCAGCACUAAGAAACGGAAUUAUCGGCGAGCAGGAGUUCCUUCCAAGAAGAAACUCUCUGAUACUAAAACUGAAGCCAGACUUUUCCCAGCCAGCAGAGGGGCAGACCCACAGCAUGGAGCAGUACUUCAGAGACUGGUUUGCAAAGCCCGUGGAUUUGCACGGCAUCAUUCUGCCCCACCUGUCUGGAACACAAAUCAAACUGUGGAAACUCUGCUACUUCCGCUGGGUUCCCGAGGCCCAGAUCAGCCACGGGGGCUCCAUCACCGCGUUCCACAGAGUGUCUCUGCUGGCAGACGAGGUGGACAUGUUGAACCGCAGCCUGCGACAGUACAAGAGCAAUUCCUCCCUGCAAGGCCACUGCUCAGAACUGGAUCAAAGCAGGAUGUACUUCAGAGCAAAUGGUCUAAAUGACACCUCAGGCGCCCCAGACUUUCUCUCCUCCUCCUUCCCAUUUUCUCCUGUAGGGAAUCUAUGCAGACGGAGCAUUUUGGGAACACCUUUAAGCAAAUUUUUAAGUGGUGCCAAAAUCUGGCUGUCCACUGAGACGCUUGCAAAUGAGGACUGAGGUGAUGUGGAGGUUUAAAAGUUUGGGGAGAAUAGAGCAUAUCAUUUUGUCUUUUCUAACUUAACACUGCUAAAUGCAGCAUUGAAAGCUGUAAUAAUCUUUAUAUACAAAUAUUACAUAAGAUUUGCACAAAUAUUUAAAAGCAAGGCAAGUCAUGCUUCAAAUCGCACAAUUUUGUCUUCAGUAGUUCUCAUCUGCUGGGGCUUCUGCUCCCCAAUUCCUCCUGUUUUUGAGGGUUUGGCUCAUUACAAGUUACUAAGAGUUUCAUUAGCAAAUUGAAAGGCUUGGUGUGGUUGCUAGUGUGGGUUCUGCUUGAAAUACCUUUGUUUUCCCAGGUUGUGACUGAAGUGACCCUUUGAUAAAACAGCUUGGAAAGCCAAAGUAGAUGAACUGACAGCUGAAAUCUGGGAAUAUACUAUUUUAUCAGAGUGUCUCAUCAGGACUAAUACUUACUUGCAUAGAUAAAAACAUACUUAAGUUCCAUGACUGAUCACCCUAAUUGUGCUAAUGCAGUGUAUCAUUGGAAGGGGUUGCUCCCUUUUCUUCCUCUCCCCAAAAUGCAUUCAUUAACAAUUAGUCAGAUUUGUGCUCUUUGUCAUGAGCUUGACUUCAGACUAUAGAAAUCCACAUCAGGACAAUGCACUGUUAACCUUAAAACAUUUACUGUAGAUAUGGUAAUGUAGUAGCUUUAGAAGUGCCUUUAAUAGGGAGGAAACAGUAGCAGGAUUACUCUAAUGCAGCUGACACCCCCUCCAACUUCUUAAAACAGAUUGUUGUGGCAAGUUCUUGUUCCAUCCCCUGCUUCCCCCUCUCCAUUUCUGGAAACAGCAGGCAUCCAGAAGAAACAACAGGUGUUCCCUCUUUAAGGUUAAGCUUGUUUGGAAGUCCCACAAGAUUGUCACCUUUUUAUAAGAGCACCUCAACUACUCAGCAUUAUACCCCUGCACAGAUCCUGAUCCCUGCCAAACCUCUCAUUUUUUUGUAGGAUGAAGUAGGUUUCAGCAGAACUCAUACCUGAGCCCUGCUGGAUUCCAGAAAGGAGCACUGGCUCCUCAUUGCCAGUUCCACAAGGGAUGCUGCUGCUGUGGUCACUGGUAGGCAGGUGCUGCAAGAAGAGCAGAGUGGUGCCUUCCUUUUGCAGACUCCACAUCCACAGGGACAGUGCAAUGAACAAGCACUGCCAAGGGAAUUGCAUCCAACAGCUUCCCUCUGCUUAAUGCAGCAGCCUCCUGUUGUUCUGAAACCUUUUAAAAUGAUGCAUCUCCCUGGAUGCUGUGCCACAAAAGGACUCACAGGGAGGAAGGCAGGAGUGUGAAAAUUCCAGGAGCUUGGAGAAAUAGUGACAUGUCAUUCUCAUAGGUUAAGGCUCCUGUCAGCUGCCUUGUCUGAACAGCAGGGCAGUAUUUUGUAUUAAAUUAUUUCUGUAUAAACACCAAUGCUGUUUAUACUCUGAGCCUCUAUCCAGGUGUUGCCUCACCAGUUAAGGGGACAGGAUUUAGAGAUCUUUGUUUGUUUGUAAACCCAAACUGAUCUUCAGCACAACCUAAAUCACAAAGUGGGGUUUGGCUCCCAGGCUGUUCCCUGCCCUCCAAGGCAGUGCUGUGCUUGCAGUGCUGGGGUUGUAGAGGGGAGCAAGGCAGGGCCAAAUGCAAAGAUGAACAAUGUCAGGGGAGGGGGAUUCCUUUUUUACCUUACCAAACUUCCCAGCCCUGUUCCUAUGCAAAGAAGCAGGCACAGGCUGUUGUGACACAAUGCCAGGUGCUUCUGUUCUGGGCAACUGUUUGUGAGGAAAAAACGUGUAUUCACCUCAAUUGCCUAAUUAUGCUGUAAGAUGAGCUGAGCAUGUUAAAUGGUCCACAAACCAGUUGUGUUUAUUUCCAAGCUUGCUGCAGCAGUCAUCUCACUUGUUCAUUAUUCAAAUGUUUGUAUUGGUUUGCUUUUGCCAUUCCUCUUUUCCCAUUAGCUUACUGCUUUCCCUGGGCUGAUACUUGACAUAAAGACCUCAACCUGUGUGCUUAGUGUCUUUUGGUACCAAUUUUUUUUCUUUUAAAAUGACAUUUAAAACUAUAGUGUUUCUUUUUUUUUUUUUUUUUUUUCUUUCCUUAAAAGUAUAACUUUUUUGGUUUAAAGGUACCAAAAAUGUGUAAAUAAAUUACUCCACAAAAGCAGCUGGUGAAUUUAAAAAAUGCUUAGGGUAGUACCCUUUGGGGGGAAAAAAUGGGUACUAUAUUUAAACAGAAUUGUCUUUUAUAAGAUUUCAGACAUCUCUACAUUUCAGUUCUAAGAUGUGUACAGAUGCUGCACAGGGUCUUUGUAUUUUAUAUAUAUAGCACGGGAGAGGGUUAAAAAUAAUAUGCCUUUAUAAUAAACAAAACCUGUCAAAAUAUCUAUUUGCCAAAUAGACUUAAAAAGAAACUUUAUACCAUUCCAAAAAGGGAGCUAGGUAAGCGGAGGCUGAGAGGGGGCACCUCCUGCAGAGAGGAAGGAUCCACCUUUCCCUAGGCUUGAAGAAGUUCUGCUUCCUUGUGUCACAUGGCCUUACUGAGGAUCUGAGCAGCUGCUGUGUCUGGGAGUGAAGGUGUGCUGUGGAUGCUGCUGCUCCCUCACAGUUAAACAGCUCAAUACUUUCUGAUUCACUUUUGAAAGACAGGUACCAAGUGUUGGUUUUCAAAUAUCCUCCACUCUUGCAUAGUUGCCUUAUCAAGUCAGUAGGGACUGUUCUGAAUAUCUUUAAUAACUUUUAAAAGCAAUUUUGGGGUGUGAGUAUGUAUCUAACUUCAGUGUACAGAAUACUGACAUGCAAGUUGUAUAUAUAUGUCUGUGUAUAUACAUGUACACAUAUUUUCGAAUUUUCAUUUCUGUUCACCAUUUAAAACAAGAUACUGUUAAAUGCCAUUUUCAUGUUGGAAGAGUAGAAAAGCUACCAAGCAGCUCAUCCUUUUGUGUCAGUAGAACAUGUGCAUUACUGCAGCUGUUCCUGAGUCAUGACUGUACCAUGCAGGGGAGCUCUGUGGCUGCUGCUGCAGCUGCUGAGCCCCAGUGCACAGCUGGGCUGAGUGCAGGGCUGGGACUGCAGUGGCAGCUCAGCCUCUGGGCACUGCCUGUGUCACACAUGUCCUGCCUCCAGAAAUGCACUGAGUGUCUGUGUGUGUCUGCCCAGCCCUGCACGUGUGCUUCAUGAGCACUCGCCUGCAAUACCACUCUGAUCAUUAACUGCCUUUUGUUUAAUGAAAAUGUAGCAAGCUGGGCAAACCUUGCAGCUUAUUCUCAGAUGGGAAGAUAUUAAAACCAAAAAAUUCUAACAUGUAUUCAAGCAAAAGACAAAAUCUUACAUUUGCCUCUAACCAAGAGACAGAAAUCUGUACCUCAAAUUGCUCUAGGCAGUAGGUUUCUAAUGCUGUUGCUGUGAUGGUUUAGAGUUCACCAUUUCAACUGAAACUAAAACCUUUGUGCCUGAUAAUGAUUUACUGAGUAAAGUAGCAGUGGCAGGAAGAUUAUAAAAGCCUGAUGCUGAGUUGUGAAUGUGAAGUAAAUUAGAGUCAAUAAAAGUUCUUACCUUUCCACAUUGAACUUCAGGUGGUUUUCUUUCCCUUCCCCUAACAAAAAAUAAAUUGUGUGUGUGUGGUUUUUUCCAAGAAUAGCAUGGACUCUGUGCUAUAGAAAGAUGAUUAAUAAAAAUGAUGUGCAAA